GCAGGCGCCGCGACGCCUUUCCGACGCCUCGUCGACAGGAAGCUCUGUACCUGUGCGACUCUUUGCUCAUCCAGAGACUUCGCCCCGUGUUUUCUCCAACCAUAUAUUUAGUCACGAAAGCAAUACCUGGUGCGUGCGGAAUCCCUCCAUCCAGUCUUCAAAAACGGCAACCAGGAUUGAGAGGUUCGCGCGCGACAUUCUUGCCGACAAAGUUUGCUUUUUGUCCCUUCCGUGGUGAAAAGGGGUGCGUUCGUUCCCUGAGAGAUUCGUUGGAAACGCGUGCUGGAAAACUACCGCGAUCAAUCCCGCGACGUCGAUUGCUUGUCGAGCUUGAGCCAACAACCGAGUGAUUUCUCCAACGAUAUUUGAGAAGAGUUAAAAGUGUUUUUUCGGGGCGAAAGUAGCCCGGCAAGCGACGAGGCUCCGGGAUCAAAGCAACAGCAGGACGAUAUGGGCCCAAUGCCGGAAGCUUCAGGAUCUGGGGUGGCCGACGAGGCGGAUUACUCGACUUUCGAGAAUAAAACCGGCCUGGCCGAAGAUAUGAAGUUUUUAGCGAGUAUGCCAGAACUCUGCGACGUGACGUUCCUCGUUGGUGAUACCAGAGAACCAGUUUGCGCCGUGAAAGCUGUGCUUGCAGCCAGAAGCAGAGUCUUUCAUAAAAUGCUGUAUCAAACUCCGAGUCCGCAACGCAAGAAGGAACCGCCGGCACGAGAAAACAAAAUUCGGCUCUUUCUUAAGCGCAGCUCCGAGCCACUGCUGAAUUUGCAGAACGCCGCACAACAGCGGUCAGGGUUCACGCAGCAACUGGCCCCCAUCCAAGAGCCGCAAUCAAAUCAGCAUCACACGUUGAUUAUUGAGGAAUUCGAGCCCGAUGUCUUCCGACAGUUGAUCGAAUAUAUUCAUACGGGAUGUGUGACAUUGCAGCCCAGGACCUUGCUUGGAGUGAUGAACGCCGCCGAUUAUUAUGGAUUAGAUGAGCUUAGACGAGCCUGUGCUGGUUUUGUCCAAUGUUGUAUAACCGUUGACACGGUCUGCGCUUUGUUAGCGUCAGCGGAGCGUUAUAUUCAGUACAAAUGCACGAAAUCCUUGGUUCAAAAGGUGCUAGAAUUCGUCGAUGAGCAUGGCAAUGAAGUAUUGAAUUUAGGAUCCUUCACAUUAUUGCCACAACACGUCGUUCGCUUGAUCCUCGCUCGAGAGGAACUGCGCGCAGAUGAAUUUACGAAAUUCCAAGCCGCGCUGAUGUGGAGUAAAAAGUAUUGCGACAACAAUCAAAACACACCGUUGAAGGAUGUGAUUGGUAAUUUUAUCGAAUAUAUUCAAUUUCACAAAAUCCCGGCCACCGUGUUGAUGCAGGAAGUGAAUCCAUUAGGGUUGGUGCCGCCGGAGAUCAUCAUGAACGCCUUAGCUUAUCAGGCAGACCCAACCAGUGUCGACCCCAGAAAACUCUCCCCCCACAGAGUGAGGAGGCAGGGUCGCAGCAUGUCGGUCCAGUCGUCGCUGGAUCCGUACGGCAGCAACACGACCUUGAGCUCGAGCGGCUCCGACGCCGGAUCGGAUCAGAAACAACAUUCUGGUAGCAACUAACCUCAGGCCACGGCCGCAUUGAUCGCGGCCGUUUCGGACGAGCCUCGACGAACCGAGGAUAUUUGUGGCCCCGACGAAGAAGCGGCGCCGGUAAAUGAUGCUGUCGCACGGGAAAUGGAGCAGAAGGAGCGACAGCAACGGCAGCGGCAACAGCAGCAGGAGCAACAGCAAGAGCAGCAGGAAUCCCAAGUUCAGGUGCACGCGGAGCAGGAGGCGCAUCAGCCGCAACCACAGCAGGAACAACAGAAGCGGGAAGAAGUGCAGCCGGGACAACAAAAGGAGCCGGGUCACCUACAGCAGCAAGUCCGUCAGAAGAUAGAGAAGGACAGAGAGCAACGGAAACUCCAGCAAGAACAACAGCUGUUGCAACGUAAACAAGAAUUGGAGGAGCAACUGCGACGCAUGACAGAACGAGACCAGGAAGCGCUGCAACGAAAAACUAAGAAGGAAAAGUCAUUGCGGCAGAAGAAGCAGGAGCAUGAUCCGGAGCGAGAAAAGUUGGAGAAGGAGAAAGAGGAGCAACAGCAAGUUACGCGAGCGAAGAGUCCCUCGAGAAAUGAACAGCGUAUCCAGCAGCAAACGAUGGAUAAUAAACAGCCGCAGCUGCAAAAGGCGGAUGAGCAGCCGAAGGUACAACAAAGGGACGAGCGACAGCAAGAACCGUCGGAUAAAAAUGAGAAAAAGGAGAAAGAGACGCGCGAAAAAGAUGAGAAGGCACAAUUCGUGGAAGCGUCGCAUCCAGAGCCACUCGUGCAACCGGCACAACGGCAAAUAGUGGAGAUAACGGCGCAGCAAGAGGAUGAAAAGGCGCAGCGACGGAAAGAGAAGUCAACGAAGUUGCAGCAACCUUCCGGAGAAUUGCAGCAGCGGCCGCAACCGCAGCCGCAUCAGGAGCAGCCGGGAAUUCGGCCGCUCGAGGGAGCCAGUGGACUUUACAUCAGGAUAGUGCUGAGGCACGAGGGUCGCGCGAAUCUCGUCUGGCUGUACAAAACGCACAUAUUCUAAAUUCCGAAUUAUUUGCCUCGUCGCUUCCGUUUGGAAAUACAUCGAGCGAUUUAUCACGCGGCUACGACGGCUCUACACGACUUUAUCCAUCCAUAUCGAAAGAUACCGCGAAUGCGAGCCGCAAUUGAGAGCGCGUCGCGGCGCCCCGCACUUUCCGGGGGGGUUAACUUAAUGUCUUAAGGGAGAAUCGGCAUUUUUCCUUUAACUUUAAUGUUUCUAAUGUUCGACGCAUCGAAGUGACGCGCGCCAGAAUCUGGUCAACUGCUGGUGCAUGUAAUCAGUUUUCUUUUCCGGGUUUUUAACGGUGCCGCAUCCAGCGCCGCAAUCUCGGCAAUCUCGAGAUGCGAGUCGCCAUUUCUAGGUGUAAUAAAUCAGGGGGAUUCCGUUAGGCUCGAUUGUUCUUGUGAUUGUGGAACAAGACACUCGUACUCGUGUUAUUGUUGCAAGAGAAAAUAUGUAUCUGUUAAACGUAAAAAUGUGUGCAAACGUAAAUAUGUGCAUGUAAACAAGAUGCUUCGUUUGUCACGCUUUCUCUCUAUCGCUCGAUAGACGCGCAAUAGUAUCGUUCAGUCAAAUGGAUGCAUCACUGCGAGCAAAUAACUGACUUGGAUCAAUUAAAUAAAAAAGGCGUAAACGUAGUUUCUUACCUGCAGUACUUAUUAUUUGCGUUUUUAUGAUCGUUCGCUCAUCGUUUAAUUUAUCUCAUGCAACUGCUACUUCUCGUAUUUCCUGACUUAUCAUAAAUUAUAUGCCUAUUAUAAACUUCACGAUGAUACAAAUGAUCGAUCUUUAUUGAACCGUUUGCAUUAUUAAUCAACGAAAUCGCAUUACCGUGUCGAACUUUUCACUACGAGACAUAUGUGGUUACAACAACUAUCUCAGAGAGAGUACUAUGUACGCUUGUUAAAAAUAGAUUUAUAUUAUAUAGUCGAGAGAGGUGCGGGAUGUAUAUUCUAUAUCAUUUCUGGGCAACGUGAACGGCGAUUUGACAGUAACAGAUGACCCAUUGGAGAACCCGAUGUUGCCACAGGCCGCUUGCCUGGACGUCGCUAUACCCGACGCAAGACAUAUUCAUUUUUUUCCACUCGGUUAUACCAUUAAUUAAUCGGAAAAUCAGAGAUCGCAGCGAAGCUACGGUCUGUACGGUAAAAGAAGUCUGAAAUACUCGCCAGAUAAAUUUCACUAAAACGAAAUGCUAUCGCUAUAGUUUCUAACUACAUGUAGGUAUAAUCGAUGCAUGCGGCGGCUGCAAAACACACGUUACACUUCAGUCCGUUAUAAUUCAAGAACAUGCACUAAAGUUUUUUUUUUUAGACACACCCUCGCGCGUUCUUAGUAACGUUAGAUAUCAGUCUGAUAGAGAUUACAGAAGCAAUUUAAUUUCUAAGUAAAUUUAUUAAUACGUAGAUCAAAAUACAGAAUAUUAGCAA